GGCAAGGAGGCCCCUGGAGAGCCUGGCUGGAAGUGAUGGCAGCUUCUGCACCCACUGCACCCCAUGGGACUGGCUUUCCAGCUGAGGGUCGGUGUGGCUACUUCGUGGAAAAAAAAAAGAGGUUCUGCAGGAUGGUGGUAGCAGCAGGGAAGAGAUUCUGCGGGGAGCACGCUGGAGCUGCAGAGGAAGAAAAUUCUCGGAAAAGAAUCCUAUGUCCUUUAGAUCCAAAACACACUGUAUAUGAAGAUCAACUUGCAAAGCAUUUGAAAAAAUGUAACUCAAGAGAGAAACCAAAACCUGACUUCUUUAUUCAAGAUAUUAAUGCAGGCUUGAAAGAUGAAACCGAAGUACCUGAACAUGUGGUUCCAAUUUCUUCUCUCUCUGAAGAGCAGCUAGAAAACUUAAUUAAGAAAUUGAGAAAAGCGUGUAAAGGUUUGAAUUCUACACUUAAAAAUCAAAUUAUGUCCCACCCAGCAUUGCAUGAUGCCCUUAAUGACCCUAAGAAUGGGGAUUCUGCAGCCAAACACUUGAAACAGCAGGCUUCUAUUUUAGGUAACAUUGAAAAACUAAAGUUACUUGGCCCAGGAAGAUGCUUCAUUGAGUUUGGUGCCGGAAAAGGAAAAUUAUCUCAUUGGGUUGAUAUUGCCUUAAAAGAUGCUGAAAACGUUCAUUUUAUCCUCGUGGAGAAGGUGACCACAAGAUUCAAGGUAGACGGCAAACAUAGGAAGGAAAAGUCAGUUUUUCAAAGACUUCAAAUCGAUAUUCAGCACUUGUGCUUGAACAAGAUUCCUAUACUAAACAAAGAAAAACUCCCAGUAGUAGGAAUUGGAAAGCAUCUUUGUGGUGUGGCAACAGAUCUUUCUUUACGAUGUUUGGUCGAGACCUAUGCUGCCAGUUGUGUCGAAAGAAAUGAAGAACCUUUAGCCAAACGCAUCAAGAAUGAUAAAACAGAAAAAGAAACGAACACUGUGGCCAAGGUAGCAAGUGAAAAUGCUGUCCCAGCGAAGUGGACUCCUGUGGCUGGCAUUGUCAUUGCACUGUGUUGUCACCACAGGUGUGAAUGGAGGCAUUAUGUGGGCAAAGAAUAUUUCAAGACUUUAGGCCUUGGAGCAUUGGAAUUCCACUAUUUCCAGCGAAUGAGUAGUUGGGCAACUUGUGGCUUGCGGAAGACAUCGUUGGAAGCCUCAAACAUGAUCAAGAGGAGAAAAGAGUGUCAAAAUGUGGAUAGUGAAGAGCAUGAUGACGAGGGAGACAGAAACACAGAGGACAGUGCUGAGAGUGCUCCUGGGUAUCUUACUGUUGAAGAAAAGAAGAAAAUAGGACACCUCUGUAAAUUGCUGAUUGACCAAGGCCGAAUUGAGUAUUUGCAACAGAAAGGAUUCAAUCCUGCUCUCCAGUAUUAUACAGAUCCUGUGGUGUCUUUGGAAAAUGUAUUGUUGACUGCUUUACCAGUUCACUCUUCAUCACCAGAGACAGUUAUUUAAUGGAACAGAAAUUUUGAACAAUACCUGUCUUCCACCCAAAGAAAAAGACAUUUUACAUUGUAUUUUUAUUAUAUUUUUAUAUUCAUGAAAAUAUAAUUUAAAUAGCAGAUAACAAACUUUUAAGAAAUGUAUGGCUUCAAUAAAUUUUAGUGGUAGCUUUGAUAUAUUUUUUUUACUUUAAAAUUGCAAACGUUGGAGAAUUUACCAAAUUCCCAAAGUAUUUCUCAUCAGCAGGAUAUCUUGAAUAAUAUUAUCCUUCAGUAUUUAUAGAGUUUGGUAAAGUGGUAGGACUGUUGAUUUGGUUAUCUGAAACACACAACAUGUCAACAUGUAACUAGAAUAGUAGUUUUUUAUUUGCCUUAUUUUUGGAAACCCAUUUUUUUUU